AGACGAAAUUCUCGUAGCUUGGCGCGCUUAUGGUAUGGGAAAGGGAAAAGAGAUCCCAUCGGAAACAACAUCAGAAGGUUAGUCUAAUGAAAAUUCACAAUUUCAUCCUUUUUAGAAUUAUGUCAUCGCGCAAAUAUAUAUUUUUUAUAUUUUGAGUAAAAGGGUGUACGUUUAUCGUUUGUUAUAGCCUUCAGACGCAUGAAAGGCAUCCAUUUCCCACCCUGGUAUGCAGGAGGAGCAGGUGUCUGCCACCCCCGUGGGGUUUUGCUUUGUAAAAGACUUAAGCCCUUUAGCCCCUUUAUAAAUUCAUAGCCCUUGAUUUGUUCUACAAAAUUUUUAAAACGAACAUUGCGGAAUAUGGUGGUUCUGAAGAAAAUGUCGUCAUAAGAUGUAAAAAGCAAACAUUUCAUCUGUUCGCACAGUAAAGUGGACCAUAGGGGCACUCUUCACAGGCUGUGCAGAGUGAAGUAUUGAAGUAGGUGAGCAGUGCUGUUUAAGUAGAUCUUGUUUCUUUAUGUUAUCUACUUCAGAGCAUGGAAUUAGUUGGCUUUCAUCUGAGUUUUCUUCUGGAAAAAUUUAAACCCCUUAGCCCAAAACCGACUCAGUCAAGGGAGAAGCAAGAGACGGAAGUGGAGCAGGUUCAUGAUCCCACUGACCAUAUAAAUGAAUCGUCGACCGUGUUUACCUUCCCUCAGGAUGAGUGUGUUAAGGUCUUUCAAAGGUCUCUCGAAAAACACCUAUCUUUAGAGAAAUGCAUCAAGUCUCUAGAGAAACGGUCUUUGUUAGACCUUGCCAAACUAGGCUACAAGUCCAGGUUAGAGGAGGGCACGACCAGUCAAGUUAUUUCGUUUGCAUCUGUUAGAGAUACAAGAGAGGCAGAGAGCAGGAUUAGCAUAACGAGGCAGAGAGAGGCAGAGAGCAGGAUUAGCAUAAUGACUGCUAGACACGGCCUUUUGUGCUCUCCACUUUUGAUCUAUUUUCUCAUCUCAAGCUCUACGUGAAAAAAAUGAGUCAGCGGUCAUCAUGGGAGUCGGACGUGCUUUUGCUCGCUCUCUCAAAAUUCUCCUCUUUUUGAUAAUUUUUUGUGCUAGAGACUUGUUGCACCUCAAGAGAUGUUUAAUAACCGAAGUGAGUUGCUUGUCUCCACAAUCUAAUGGAAAGUACUUGGCGCAUGGUGAGAUCACCAACUUGUGCCACGCUUUUGUAUAGCGUUCUGUUUUGGGCAGCCAUCUUGGUUUUAAGCUUCUUCCCAAGCGUAAGAGGCACUUCUUCCUUCGCAGAAUCUACCAUCACUGCAAUUCAACUGCUUCUUUUCAACUGGAUAAUUUAGCCCUCUGUGGAGAUGUUCAUCCUAAUCCAGGUUUUGACCCUGAAGCAAGUUUAAUACAGGACAGAAAUACGCAAACUAUAAGUAAACGUAAGAACAUGCUGGUUCAUUUAAAUGCAAGAAGCCUUCUUCAACAUAUCGAUGAAUUGAGAUUGAUCUUUAGCAAAGUAUUUCCUCCCAUCAUCGCUAUAACUGAAACCUGGCUGGACAAUUCUAUCGAAGGCUCUGAAAUAGCAAUUCCUAAUUACUCAGUAGAGCGUUUGGACAGAAAAGACAACCGUCGUGGAGGAGGGGUAGCGCUUUAUUUACUGGAAGACCUAAAAUAUACUCGAAGAAAAGAUUUGGAAGAAGACUCGAAAGCUAUUUGGAUUCAAGUGCAAUUAUGGAAAACGAAUUUCUUGGUCGGAUGUGUUUACCGCGCCCCAAACGAAUCCCUGGAGGUUUUUGAUUAUUUGGAUGACUUGCUG